AUGAAGCUGGGCUCUGUCUUCACAGCCUGGACCCUCCAGCUUUCCCCUGCUAUGCUCUGGGCAGCCCAGAUGUUAUUGGCUGGAUGUCAUGCAGCUGCCAGUUUUGAGACACUGCAGUGUGAAGGACCUGUCAGCACCGAGGAGAGCAGCUGCCACAUCGAUGAGGACUUGACAAGCCAAAGGGAAGCUGGCUUCCAGGUCAAGGGCUACACUUUCAGUCAACCCUUCCAUCUGAUCGUGUCCUAUGACUGGCUGAUCAUCCAAGGCCCAGCCAUGCCAAUAUUUGAAGGGGACUCCUUGGUUCUGCGCUGCCAGGCCUGGCAAGACUGGCCACUGACUCAGGUCACCUUCUACCGAGAUGGCUCAGCCCUGGGUCCCCCUGGACCUAACAGAGAAUUCUCCAUCGCUGUGGUGCAACAGGUAGACAGUGGGCACUAUCACUGCAGUGCCAUCUUCAGGAGCCCUGGUCCCGGGAGCCCGGAAACAGCAUCCACUGUGGCUAUCACAGUCCAAGAACUGUUUCUAGCCCCAGUUCUCAGAGCCACACCUUCAGCUGAGCCCCAAGGGGGAGGCCCAGUGACCCUGAGCUGUCAGACAAAGCUGCCCCUGCAGAGGUCAGCUGCCCGCCUCCUCUUCUCCUUCUACAAGGAUGGAAGGACAGUGAGAAGCCGGGGCUUCUCCCCAGAGUUCCAGAUCCCCACGGCUUCAGAAGAGCACUCUGGGUCAUACUGGUGUGAGGCAGCCACUGAGGACAAUCAAGUUUGGAAACAGAGCCCCCAGCUAGAGAUCAGGGUGCUGGGUCCCGCCAGCUCUGCUGCAUCUCCCACCUUGAAUCCAGCUCCACAGAAAUCAGCCGCUCCAGGAACUACUUCAAUUAUGGAGCCCCCUGGGCCGCCGCCUCUGCUGCCCACUCCUUCUUCUGAGGAUCCAGACUUCUCUUCUCCUAAGGGGGUGCCAGACCCCCACCUGCAUCACCAAAUGGACGUUCUUCUCAAACACAUGCAGGAUGUGAGAGCUCUCCUGGGCCACCUGGUCAUGGAGCUGAGGGAAUUGUCUGGCCACCGGAAGCCUGGGACCACAGAGGCUCCUGCCAAAGAGAAGUAA